UGUGAAAGUUAUCAAUUUUAUUUCACUUUCCGAUUAAUCAGUCGUGUCUGAUCACAGAAAACGUAUGCUUUAUACGAUUCGGUUCGUUUCUAUGGAGGAACUUUGAAAAAUCGCAGUGUACAAUCUUACAUUGCGUAGCGUAGAUAUUACGGCCAGAUUACAAUUAGUGACUCUCAUCUACCGAUACUAACGAAAUGGCGGUGAACGGUUACGAAGAAAAUUACUACGAUAGCAACUGGCAUAUAAUCCCUCCUGACUAUGUUUCCAUAGAGGACGACUACCGUUACGGGCUGUUAGACAGCAUGAAAGCAAAUGGACAGGGUGUCCAUCAGCGUCAACCCGCCGGAUUUGCCAUCAGCGAUAUCCUGGAACUCAACGACAGGACUCCAGGUUUAGAAGCACCCCCUGAGGCAGCGUUAUACCCGCCUUUAUCGGAGCUUAGUCCGUCUCAUACGCUCCUUCUACCUCCACCUCCCAGACAUUGGCCGCAACCACCCCCAACGGAGCAAAUAGUUCCCAUAACGCAACACCAGCAACUCAGUCCUGACAGUACAAGUCCAGCUCUUUCGGACAGAUCUGUAGCCGAAGGAUCUUCCGUCAGUCACACACGUUCAUUAGAAGAGGGCGAGAAUGGCGACGAAUCGAAUGAUAUGAAUGAAAAACAACAAAACGGUUCUAAUAGUAAUAGCGGCCAAAAGAAAAGGAAAAGACGAGUUCUAUUCUCCAAAGCACAGACGUACGAAUUGGAAAGACGAUUUAGACAACAAAGAUACCUCACGGCACCCGAAAGAGAACAUCUCGCAUCCGUAAUACGACUCACCCCCACACAAGUCAAAAUUUGGUUUCAGAAUCAUAGAUAUAAAACAAAGCGAGCGGCCCACGAAAACGGCCUUCAUGAUCAACAGGGCAAGAACGCGUUACCGUCACCGAGACGCGUCGCGGUGCCGGUAUUAGUAAGAGAUGGAAAACCCUGUUUAAGCGCUGGCGCCGGGGGUGUUCCUGUUAGUAAACCGCCGGAAGGACUUAACUUUUCGGCAGCCGCAGCAGCCGCCGCGGCCAGCCACAUGGGUCACCUCUCUUAUUCACAUCCUCUAGUCCACAGUCAACCUCGAGUCUGGUUUGGCUAAUGUUACUUACUACCUGUAUAUUACGUGUAAUUUGUAGGUAAAUUAUCUAAUAAGAAUUUUAUGUACUAUGUACGUUAACGAUAUAUAAAUAUAUAUAUAUAGAAUGAUUUAGAAAUUUAAAAAUUCGCAGCAGUUUUCCACCCGGUGUACUUCUCUUUUACGGUUGGUUACGCAAAUAUAUAAGUACAUAAAUACAACGCAAAAAAUAUACCUAGCUUUCGUUUUCUUUUUAAAUAUGUUCUUGCUCGAAUUUCUAAAAUGCUUAUGUUCCUUUUCAAAAUUAAAAUAAAAUAAUUAACUUCGUACAAACUAUUUUGUUAGUAAUAUUUAUUAAAAAGAAAAUUAUGUUAGCGCCUGUUCAACUGGGCCAAGAGGUCAACGUAGAAAACGGUUUUAUCAAAUCAGGUCAUUAGUGGAGUAUGCUGUUUUUGACCAAGUUUGCAAUGUAAAUUAACAAAAUGCAAUAUCAUUAAAUACGUAUUACAACCAACAACUUUAUCACUGCAAAAUUUCCUCGACCUUUGUAACAUAUUAUUUACCACCCAUAACUAUGUAGGUAUAAUUAAUUUAUUAUGUUAGGAAAUAAUCGAAUCAAAAAGAAAAAUUCACUUCCUAAAAAAUAAUAUAAUUAAUUCAACUUUUGUGUUAUAACACAAAAGUCGUAUUUAGAUUUUAUUAUGUCUGCCGUUGUUUUAAAUAAUUUUUAAAUCUACCGUGUGUUGUGAUAUUAGAUUGUACCGAAUAGUCGACCUUUGUAUUUCUUUUGUCUAAGUUUGCUAAUAUAGUUAAGUGGUAAUUUUGUAAUAGCACCGGACAAAAGCGGGGGUGUGCAACUGCCUGAUGUUAAAGAAAAAUAUACAUUUAAAAACAA